ACUAGUUUGACAGAAGACGGAACUGACAGAAGUAUAUUUUUAAAAAAGUUAUCUAAAUAGUUUCAAAUCAAAAUGAAUAUAUUUUAAAAUAUGUUAAGAGAUUGGAGCUGCAUAAUUAAGCUUUCGCGUAAAAUAACUGGUUAUGUUAUAUAUAAACAAAGUAGCAAAAUGAGUACAAGUGGUACUAUUACCGAAACUAUAACAAAUAAAUUAAAAGAACAGUUAAAACCAGUACACUUGGAUGUUAUAAAUGAAUCUUACAUGCACAAUGUUCCCAAAGGUGCAGAAACACAUUUCAAAGUACAUGUGGUAUCGGACAAAUUUGAUAGUCUACCUCUAAUAAAAAGGCACAGAAUGAUAAAUGAUGUCUUAAAAAACGAAUUACAGAAUGGAGUUCAUGCCUUAUCCAUUGUAGCAGAAACACCUAACCAGUGGAAAGAAAGUGAAAGAAUUAUUGAACCUAGUCCUAAUUGUAGAGGAGGAUUCGGUAAAUAAAAGACAAUGUGUAUAUUCAUACAAAUUUAUUAGUACACAUUCAAUAGAGUAUAAAAUCAU